CUCCUCAGGAUACCAAGAUAUUUUAGUAGAAUCAUGUUCAACAGAAUUGGUCCCAGGAGAUUUGGUCCAACUCAAAGAAGGAUAUGUUUACUGUGAUGCCAUUUUGUUAUCAGGGACUUGUCUGGUUGAUGAAUCAAUGCUCACUGGUGAAUCCAUUCAAGUCCUUAAAACUCCUAUUCCUAAUAAUAGCAAUCUCUAUAACCUGGAAGACUCAGCCCCACAUAUCCUCUUUGCUGGUACCCGCAUAGUCCAAGUCAACUCAGACCUCAAAGCCUUAGUAACCAACACAGGUUUCCUCACCUCUAAAGGUUCCUUGAUCAGAUCCAUCAUGUAUCCACCUCCUAUGGACUAUGCUUUUGACAGGGACUGUACCAAAUUCUGUGUUUUGAUGUUUUUGAUCGGAGUGGGAUGUGCUAUACAUAUUGCAAUCAAAAAAUCAGAACGUGGUAUACCCUUAGGAGAUUUAGUGAUCAAAACCUUGGAUUCCAUCACUAUUUUACUACCAGCUGCUUUACCAGCCACUUUGACCAUUGGAAAACUCUACGCUUUGAAGAACUUAAAAAAGAAGGAUAUAUUCUGUACAAAUUCUAAGGUUCUGACAUGUUGUGGGUCCAUAGACGUGGUAUGUCUGGAUAAAACUGGAACCAUUACAGAGGAUAACCUAGAUUUUAUUGGAGUUGUCCCUAAAGGUCAGAAAACUAUUCAGGGACAAGAUUUUGAAGAGGUGGUUGAACGUGGUAUGGCAGUCUGUCAUAACCUAGCAACCUAUGAGGGUACCCUUCAAGGUGACCAUCUUGAAGUUCAAAUGUUCAAAGCAGCUGGAGGAAAAAUCUUAGAAGGUGAUCAACAGGUAUCCCUGAAAAAUGGUCAUAUUCUAAAACUCCUAGAAAGAUACCAGUUCUCUAGUAACCUUAGAAGAAUGAGUGUAAUUGUACAAAAUGGGUCAUCACCAGACUAUGAGAUAUUCUGUAAAGGGUCACCUGAAAUCAUAAAACCACUUUGUAAAAACUCCUCGGAGAUAUCCGAUGAAGAUCUUCAGAGUUUAACCAAACAGGGUUAUAGGGUAAUAUCAUUGGCAACUAGGAAAUUCUCAGGGAUACCUCAAUCCCACCUGGAGACACUUACCAGAGAAGAAAUAGAAACAGACCUUGAAUAUUUAGGUUACUUGGUGUUUGAAAACAAACUGAAACCUGGUAGUAAAAAUAUCAUCCAGGAAUUGAAACAUGGUAACCUAGCUAUCAAGAUGAUUACAGGUGAUAAUAUAGAAACAGCUAUAUCUGUAGCUAAGGAAUGUGGUAUCAUACCUGAACAUGAAAGUGUUAAGGUUUUGACCAGUUUACCCAGCACAGCAUCUUCAGAAAGUUUGAAGACCAUGUUGAAGAGUGUGGAUCAUCUUGCUGUGACAGGCACAGUAUGGUCCCAGUUGAUGACCAUUAUGGCCAAGGAUGAAGGGUUGUUGAAGAGCACCCUUCCAAAGAUACAGGUUUUUGCUAGGAUGGCUUCCAAUCAGAAACAACAGGUUGUAGAGCAGUUUCAGGGACUUGGGAUGAAUGUCUGUAUGUGUGGGGAUGGUGCAAAUGACUGCAGUGCCCUGAAAACAGCAAAUGUGGGCAUAUCCCUAACAGAAAGUGAAUCUUCAAUGGCUGCCCACUUGACCUCCAGAGUCCAGAACAUCUCAGCUGUGUUGGAUAUAGUCAGGGAAGGUCGUUCUGCUUUGGUGACAACCAUAACCAUGGUCAAGAUUAUCCUCACAACCAAUAUAGUCCAAUACAUUGGAUUACUACUCCUUUAUGAAUUGGAUGCUAGUUUUGCAGAUCUACAAUUCCUUUAUCUUGACCUGCAUAUGUUGAUCUAUGGGUUCUUUAUUGGUUAUGUAGAUGCCUACUCAGGACCACUAAGUCCCAAAGCACCUACCAAGUCCUUAGUCUCCCUAAAACCUAAUUUAUCCAUAAUAGGUCAACUCAUCCCAACUCUUUCCUUCCAAUUUCUGAUUUUAUGGAUGUUAAGGUCCCAGAAUUGGUUUAAACCCUACCAGCAUGACACAGAAGUGGGCAAUGACUUCAUGUCCUAUGAAAAUUACGUGGUUUUCACUUUGGGUUUAUUCCAAUACACAUCCAUGGCAGUAAUCUACUCAAGAGGUAAACCAUACCGGAAACCCAUGUGGACCAACGUGACCUUGAUGACCUGUAUAGUAAUCUACCUCUGUAUUGAUUUAAUCAUAACUCUGGGAGAUAUCCAAUGGUUAAAUGGUCUUUUCGAAUUAAUGGUACCCUUGGAUACAGAAUUCAGAUGGAUGAUAAUAGGCAUAGCAACAGCUCACUUUAUCACCUCUUUGAUUAUAGAAGAAGUAUUCAUAGAAGGACUCAUAUCAAGGUUUAUCCUUGACAGAGGUCAAACAUGUCAAAACGUAAAACAAAUAACUGAAGCAUAAACCCUGUAUAUUUAAAAAUAAAUAUUAUUUUGGUAA